CGGCCCACUGAGGAGGGCAUGAGAGAGGACGAGAGGGCAGCUCUGCACAUCACUUUGACACACAACCAAGCCGAGAAACAUUAAGAGAAUUAAGGAGUGAAUUGAAAUAAAUACCUGGCUCUAGUGAAGGGGCGCUGCACCUCGGCAGCAUAACUGGAUUGUGAUAAGUCUUUUUUUUUCUUUUUUAUCAGCCGAGAAUGGACGAAACAAAAGAGCCUGCGGUGGAGAGACCCAAAUGGGACAACAAGGUCCAGUACCUGUUAACAUGCAUCGGCUUCUCGGUGGGUCUGGGAAACGUGUGGCGGUUUCCCUACCUGUGCCAGAUCUACGGAGGAGGCGCAUUCCUCAUCCCGUACGUGAUAGCGCUGGUGUUCGAGGGCAUCCCCCUGCUCUACCUGGAGAUGGCUGUAGGACAGAGGCUCCGCAUGGGCAGCAUCGGGGUCUGGAACUCCAUCUCUCCUCUCCUGGGAGGAGUCGGAAUUGCCUCCAUGUUGGUGUCGUUCCUGGUGAGCCUUUUCUACAACACCAUCCUCGCCUGGGUGUUCUGGUACUUGUUUCACUCUUUCCAAGACCCGCUGCCGUGGAGCCAGUGUCCGCUCGACGCCAACCUCACAGGCUACAACGUGGAAUGUGUGAAGAGCACUCCGUCAAACUACUUCUGGUACCGCGAGACCCUGAACAUCACAGCCGACAUCGACACCAGCGGCUCCCAGACUUGGUGGCUGGUGGUCUGCCUGGCCAGCGCCUGGUGUGUGGUCUACAUCUGCUUCAUCAAAGGCAUCUCCUCCAUCGGAAAGGCCGUGUACGUGACCUCCACCUUCCCGUACCUGGUGCUGACUAUUUUCCUCGUCCGGGGCCUCACGCUUCCCGGAGCGACCGACGGGCUGCUGUACCUCUUCACCCCUGAUUGGCAGAUCCUGAUGAACCCUCAGGUGUGGUUGGACGCCGCCACCCAGAUCUUCUUCUCGCUCUCCUUGGCCGUUGGAGGUCUGAUAGCUUUCUCCAGCUACAACCCAGAGAAGAACAACUGUGAGAGGGACGCUGUUCUAGUAGGAGUAAUAAAUAGUGCCACAUCCAUCUACUCCUGCAUUCCCAUCUUCUCCAUUCUGGGCUUCAAAGCCAACACCGCUUUCAACUCGUGCCAAAUGGAAAACAUCUUGGCUCUGACCAACAAGUUUGAGAUCUCGGACCAGAACGUGACAGCGGACAACUACGCUGACUGGCUGCAGUAUCUGAAUCGCACGUCUCCAGGCGACGUGGCCAGCUUGGACCUGAGAGAGUGUGACCUGCAGACAUUCCUCGACGAGAGUGCAUCAGGUACCGGCCUGGUAUUUAUCGUGUUCACUGAGGCGGUGGUCAGCAUGCCGGGCUCACAGAUAUGGGCCGUCCUGUUCUUCGUCAUGCUCUUCACCCUGGGCCUGUCCUCCAUGUUCGGCCUGAUAGAGGGAGUCCUCACGCCCGUCCACGACCUCAAGCUGUUCCCCCGGUGGAUCCCUAAAGAACUCAUAACAGCGGGCCUCUGCGUGGUGUCCUUCUUAACGGCGCUCAUCUUCACCGCUGGAUCGGGGAACUACUGGGUGGCGAUCUUUGACAGCUACGUGGGCUCCGUCCCCCUGCUCAUCAUCGCCUUCUUUGAGAUUACCGCGGUCGUCUACGGCCGCGGGAUGAAGAAGUUCAGUGAAGACAUCUGCUACAUGACUGGGAGGAGACCCAACAUUUACUGGAGGGCGUGCUGGAUGGUGAUCAGUCCGUUGAUGCUUCUGGUGGUGUUGGUGGCCUACGUGGCCAUCCAGGCCCAGACGCGCCCCACGUACUCCUCGUGGAACCCGGCCUAUGAUCAAUUCCCCAAAGGUGAAGAAAAGCAAUAUCCUGACUGGGUGUUUUCCAUCAUCAUCCUCCUCAGCGUGCUACCUGUGAUUCCCAUCCCGCUGGUGGCCCUCUACAGACUCAUCUGCGGCAGGAUCAGGAAAUCCUCUGCGCCCGCUGACCUGAAUCCUUACUGCAAUGACGGCUUUGAGGUUGAAACGCAGGAGCAGAGGAACCAGGGAGCUUAAGAAAUUUUGGGGGCGAACAAAAGAGAUCUUAAGCUUCCUCUUAGUUUCCAGGGAGACCUUCUGAUUUCUGAGAACUGAAAAUACAUCAAAUCCUUUUACAUACCUUGUGUUAUGGCUGACAAUAUUUCUGUGAAGGUAUUUCUGUGCAAAUUAUGUUUUCAAGUGACGCCACGACCUCCUCCUGUAAUUCUAUGUCUGGAAAGUGAAAUGUCUUGUGGAUGGGGGGAGGUCUAGUUUGGUAUUUAUUGAUGUGGGAUCUUUUCUUUAUAAUUGAGGUCUAAUCUUGCUUUUGAAGGGUGAGGCUGCAGGGUGGACCGACGCCUUUUUCACUCAUUGACGGUAAUGUGUAAAAGACGGCCACUGUGGCAGUAAAAAAACAAAUUUACA